CGUUUCCUGUCCACAGAUCCGCUCUACUACAUCGCAUCAUAAUGCCAAAAUCAAAGGAAGUGCUGUCCUCCACAUCUGGGAGUGACUCCGACAGUGAAGUGGAGACCAAGGCAAAGAGAAAGAAGUCCAGUGUACCAGAGAAACCAGCCAAGAAACCAAAGAGCGGAGAGAGUUCCAAGCCCAGUGGCUCAUCCAAAGGCAGCAGUAACAGUGAUGAUAACAUGUUCCAGAUUGGAAAGAUGAGAUAUGUCAGCGUCAGAGAUUUCAAAGGCAAAGUGCUGAUUGACAUCAGAGAGUACUGGAUGAACCAAGAUGGGGAGAUGAAGCCAGGGAAGAAAGGUAUCUCCCUGAAUCCUGAACAAUGGAACCAACUGAAGGACCAGAUUUCAGAAAUUGACGAUGCCAUGAAGAGAAUAUAAGCAUUCCUUUUCAAUGUUAUCUGUUGGCUAAUCAGUUUUGUAAAAACUGGAUUGUUUUCUAACGAAAUUUGUUCAAAUUGUAGUUGUAUGGAGCUAGUGCCAUCUGCAUAGUGUGGCUUUCUGUGUGAAACUUGUCUUUUAAGCUGUUGUAGUAAAAGUAUGAGUGGAUAAGUACGUGGUUGUUCUUUACAGUGUGUGGGGAGGGGGGGGGGGGGGGGUUAUUACAGUGAUAAUUAAAAACGAGGUACUAGCCUAACCUGUUUUUUUCAGUACAAGUGUAAGUUUUUUGUUCACAGUUUGACUACUACUAGUCUACUUCUAGAUAGAAAUCAUAAGAGUUUGUUUCAUCUGACCUUUGAAAUAUAAACCAAUGUCAGUGCUCUUAAUUUGUGAAAGCCGAGCCCAGACUGUCAUGUUGUACCCACAGCUGAUCACAUCCAUGGUGAACAUGCCUAAUGUUUUGAAAAUAAAUGACAUUAUCCAAUA